UAUGUAUAAUUUUUAUCCUUACAAGUCACAAAAAGUGAGUCAUUUUCUUCUUUUACCAUUAAUAACAACACAAACAGCAGCAUGUAUAUGAGGCUGCUGCAAUUUAUUUGCCCAAUAUAAUACAAUUGUCAUAUUAUUGACAUCUGAUGUACUCCUCCAUGCAGAUUUCUUAACAAUUUUAGCCUGUAAGCAACCCUUUGCUGCAUUUACAAACCACUAUAAACACAAAACGGGAUCCCAUUCAUUUCAAACUUGGAAAGAUUAAAACAUUUGAAAAAUAACAACAGCCCAAAGCAUUCCAUAUUAGAAUUCUUAGAAUGCGCCUGGAUGACAUCAUCGCCUGACAUUCUACUACUUGCUUUUGUGGGUUGUAGUUUUGGCAUUUUGAGUUGCAGAUUGAUCGGUUUACUAUUAACAGUUUGUUAUUAGAAAACAUUUGUCAUCAUGAAGUCUGAUCACAGUCCCUGUGUACUACUCAAGUACACCCCCAACAUGCCAGAGAACCAUCUUCAUGUUUCUAAUGAGCCGCAUGUUGAGGUUGGAAAGAUAGGGAGAAAGAAGAAAAAGAGAAUCUCCUGGAAGCUCCUCCAUCGCAAAACUGGAAAAUACGACCUUGUCCAGGCUGCGAAGGACUACCAGUAUGAAGCUGAGGUAAAUCAGAAAGUUUCUUGUCAGCCCACUGAAACACCCGUUGGGCCUGAUGAGGUUACUGAAGGGAGAAAGGUAAAAAAGGGCUUCUGGAAGUGGCCAGUCUUCCAUCGCAAAACUAGAACAUACGACCUCGUCCAGGCCACGAAGGACCACCAUGAAGCCAUGUUAAAUCAAAAAGUUUCUAGUCAGCCCAUUGAAACACCCGUUGGGCUUGAUGAGGUUGCUGAAGAGAGAAAGGAAAAAAGGGGCUUCUGGAAGUGGCCUGACUUCCUUUGCAAAUCUAGAACAUACGACCUCGUCCAGGCCACGAAGGACUACCAUGAAGCCAUGUUGAAGCAGAAAGUUUCUUGUCAGCCCAUUGAAACAACCAUUGGGCCUGAUGAGGUUCCUGAAGCAAGAAAGGAAAAAAAGGGCUUCUGGAAGAGACUCACUCAUCUCUUCACUUCGAAGUCUAGUAGAGCUUCUGCUUUAGAGGACCAUGUCCCUGCUGCUGAGCAGCUAGAGGAGGACGUCACAGAAAAUGACAUCAUUUUAAGGCAAUACAAAAUUGGUGACAAGCUGGGCAAAGGUGGAUUCGGCUCAGUCUACAAAGCCACACGCCGCAGGGAUGGACUUGAGGUUGCUGUGAAAUAUACUGUAAAGUCACCGAUGAUGAAGGAAAUGAAGGUGCCUGGUUAUGUAAAACCCCUCCCUACAGAAAUUGCCCUGGCAAUCAUGGCCAACAAUGGUCCCUACGUCCCCGAGAUAAUCAAACUCAUAGACUGGGAGGACAACGAUGACCACUACAUUAUAAUCAUGGAGCGACCCACACCUUGUAUGGACUUGCUUCGCUUCUUAAACCACAAGAACAAACCUCUUGAUGAGAAGAUGGGACGCCAUAUAAUGUGGCAGGCCAUUCAUGCUGCGAGCGUUUGCUUUGAUCGCGGUGUCUUCCAUCGGGACAUAAAACUUGAAAACCUCCUGGUGAAUCCAGACACUUUGGAGGUAAAGCUAAUAGACUUCGGCUGUGGUUCGACCGUAAAGAGAUCCGGCUACAAAGUCUUCUGUGGCACAAGAGAAUAUUUCCCUCCGGAGUAUGAAAUGUAUGGCAGGUACCAUGCACAGCCGGCGACUGUUUGGUCUCUAGGGAUCGUCCUGUUUGCAAUGAUGUGUGGGGCUUUACCUAGUAUCUCCGACCACUCCUUGAUCAGGAACUAUCGUUGGACUAGCCCUGAUCUGUCAAAAGAAUGCUGCCGGAUGAUCUGCGGUUGUCUGCAGCCAGACCCAGAUGAGAGACUCGCUCUGCAGCAGAUGCAUCUCCAUAACUGGUUUAAGGUCAUGGAGUAAGAGAGGAGAAACAACUCGGCGACCCCAGCACACCUGAGGACUGCUGAAUUGAAUUGCUCUUUGUAUUGUAUUGUUGCCUUGUCAACUUCUUUAAUAAUGCAGGGCAAAUGAAUGUAUUGUUAUUAUUAUAUUAUUAUUAUACACAUAUGCAAAUGCACUAUAUAUGUCAUGUGUGUGUCUUUUAUA